AUGGAAUAUCAAGUCGCAGACACCUCCAUCAGCCCUGCCGAGCUUGAAGCUGACUCACGCUGGGUCCGUGCCGUGAAAGCACGCCGUGCAGCCGCGGCCCACCAGCCCGUCGUCUCGCCACCGCCUGCCUCGCCACCAUCCAAGACUGCCUGCACUACCACUCUCCGUCGUCACGCUCGCCUACCUCGCCUCCCAGCGGAGGACUUCAAGAUCGUCUACAGACCGGGAGGAGGGCUUGACCUCCGCACAACCACUAACGGAGCCCUGCUCCAAACCCUUUGCACUCGUGCGACCAUCGACUACGCCAGCGCACGCACCGCCGACCGUGUACGGAUAAAUCCGUACAACAACUCCCUUACUGUCAGCACCCCAUCUGAGCCGCGCGCUCGCCUCUACCUCCGAGUUUCGGAACUCCGCCUGGGUGCCAUAUCUUACCCCCUGCGUGCCUACAUGGCCGCACCCGACAACGCCCUCCGCGGUAUCAUACACAACGCAGUGGACUCCCAAACCCAGGACGAGAUCGUCCAAGACCUCCAGUCAAUGAACGUGAGCACCCCCUACGCCAUCGCUGACGCACGCCAGAUGGGGCGCUCCCAAUCCAUCCUCAUCACCUUCGUCGGCACUUCUACUCUUCCCUCCACCAUCGUCUUCAACUGCGGGGUCUACCGCUGCCACCCGUUCCGCCCGAGAGCCGAGGCCUGCACGAACUGCUGGGCUCCUGGCCACCGAGCGGAUGGAGCCCACGUCACGGGCUCGCGCUCGUGCGGGCUCCGGUUCGAGCGGAACGGCCCGUCAUCGCCCCCGGUUACCUCCAAGCACCAGCCUCCCCCACCAGCGCCACCCACCGUGCCCAUCCUCAAGACCCCCCGGCCUUCCCGUCCCCGCCACCACUCUGUCUCCCGUGGUCCGAGGCGUCCACCGCCCCCGCCACCACCGGUAAGCUGGAAACCGCAGCCUCCCACGUCGGACCCCCAAACCGCGGCCCUCGAGGCCACUAUCGCUGCCCAGCAGCUCCAAAUUCAGGAGCUGUCGCGCCAGCUGCAGGCCGCGCUAGUGCGUCUGUCCUCCCCCGCUCCUCCUCCUACUUCCCCAGCUCCCGCACCUCCACAGCCGCCGUCGCUAGCUGUGGAGUCGAUGAAUACGGCAUCCUCGGCUGCAUCAUCGCGCGCCUCCUCUCCCAACCGCAGUCCCCCGCUCAAACGCCGAUCACCUUCCUCCGACCCCGUCGCGCCCGAGCGUGACGUGAUUCGCCAAACAACCUCCUUCUUGCAGGCGUUUGAGAAGCGCGUCAUGGCCCGCUUUGCGCGACUUGAGGAGCGCGUCGCCAGUAUCGACACCCGUGUGGCGGCCAUCGAAUCCCACCUUACCGCCCUAAACACCAGGGUCGCGGCCUUAGAGACCCGCCAAAGCGCCACUGAGGCCACCGUCGCACACCUGUCGCUCCCUGCCCCACUCACCCCGGCACCUACCCCAACUCUGUCGGGGGACUCCGCCAUCCAUCAUGGCCAGACACCCCACGCGCCUUAA